CCUACAUAUCGUGCAGUACAGAGCAGACCACGGAGUCGUCCGCGGCAGGACAUGGCUCUCCAGCUGAUGGGCACCGUGUCGAGCAGACUGAUGACAGCCGAGCGCACUGCCAGUGGCCCUGCCCUCACCGAGCGCAUCGUGAGCACGAUGAGCUUGGCCGAAGCAGAAAGCUCAUCCAGCGCCAAGCGUCAUCAGCCUUCUCAGUCAGUCCAGCUAAGUCAAAUUGCCCAGCCUGCCCAGCCUGCCUCGCCGCCACCUACCAGAACUGUGCAACGGAAGCAAGGGUCAGCUUCGGUCCCGGCCAUGAAAUGGCGGCCCAACAAGACAGGUCAGAAGCGCAGCAGGCCAGCCGAACGUGUUCUUCCAUCUCCGUCGCCCUCAUUCUCAUCGCCCUCAUCACCAUCAUCCUCACUAUCAAAGAAGACACUACGACCGACGUCACCCGCACGUUCGACAAAGAAGGCGAGGAGAGAAGACCCUCGGAAGCAGACGUCCAGCUCGGUGUCGUCAAGAGAUGGUUCCAAGAGUACUCCAGUCGUCAUCGAGAUAGAUGAUACGGAUGACGACGAAAGAGACAAUGUCGGUGUUGGCGAGGAAGGAGACAGUGACGAGGGCAUUCGCAUCGACCUAGCCUCGGACGAGAUUCUGGAGCAGGCCGUGCUGCACGCCCAGGCCGGGCACGGCGAGGAGCGCAUCGACCUCGUCGCACGCCGCGUCACCUUCCACCUCGAUGUCGAGGUCAUGUACCCGGUUGCGCGCGACGCCUGCGGGCUGCCUAGGGACGCUCAAGACACCUCUCUGUCUGUCGUGCUCGACUGCCGAGCGGGCUUCCGGCGCGACUCAGCACCGCCCCUCGUCGAGGCCAGGCUCACUUCCAGGCCACUCUGCCAAACCACAUCGACUGCGGCGCCCGACCAUGACUUCGUACUCGGUGCCCAGCUCGUCAAUGUCGCAAACAAGGUCUUCGAAGGGCGCUGGAGGUGCAAGACCGAAUCCCUCCUCGCCGACGUCUACGAUAUCCUCGUCGACCGCAUGGCCAACAGCGGCUGCUACUGCAUACAGUGCGACGCGAAGCUCGUCUGGCCCGGACUCAAGCCCACGGCGUGCGACGGCGCCCUCUGCCGCUAUCAGCUCGAGAAUCUGGGCAUUGGUGCCUCGCUCUCGCAGCUUGGCCGCUCACGGGUCGAAGAUCUCCUCAUCGUCACGACCGCUGCCGCAGCCCGCCACUACGAUCAACAGCCAGGGGUGAUGCCCAACCUACCACUGUCAGGCGAUGGGGUCACGCCCAUGUGUGCCUCCGACGUGGCCGUCACGCUUGACUCGGUGCCUGCAAGCAAGGAUCUUUGCAAGGCAGCGCUGACAGAGACAUUGACAAGCGAACAGAAGCGCGUGCUCCGCUGGACACUUGCCACUAACAAGGCUCACAUCGUAGAAGUGCUUGACAAGGAUCGUCUCGCCAUUAAAGGCGCGGAAUUGACCUAUGAUCACCUCUUUUUCCGCGUCUACAACUCAACCCGGGAGCACGACGCCGCCUUUGCAGCCCUUGUGGCCAAGCAUGGCUCCUUCUACGCCUUCCACGGGUCGGCGCUGUCCAACUGGCAUUCGAUCCUUCGUACGAACCUCAAAAACCUUUCACACACAACCAUGAUGGCCCACGGUUGCCACCACGGCAGCGGCAUCUACCUGGCUGAAGAGUGGAGCGAAGCUAUCGCAUACGCAACGAGCGAUCCAAACAGCGAGCACAGAGAAUUCGGAGGGAAGAUGAGGGUAAAUAUAGAGGCGAGAGGGACUACAGCAGUAAUGCAAAGAUAUUGCAUCGACGAAGAUGAUGACACCCGUGACAGAUUGUGGCCGUAUGCGAGGUGGCCGACGGACCGGGAAUCAACAGAACCGAAAAUGACUUCUUUGUUGUCAGCGACGCAGCCAUGGUCCAGCUCCGAUACCUCUGUGUGAAUACAUGCGAGCACAACAGGUCGUUUGACAGGGCCAGCGAGCUGAGGUUUGGCGUGUAUCGCAAUGAAAUGAGUCCUGGAAGUGGAAGAAGGCUCAGCGAAGUGCCGAUCGACGACCUCAUUGUCCUCGAGCAUGGAGUAGCAUGGUGAGAAAGAGCACUUCGGUCACAGGAGGAUGAGGAUCCUUAAUCAAGCCCGUUUCUUGGCAGGGACAUCAACGACC